AUGAAACCGAUCAAAGAGAGUCACUUAUCAUUUAUCAAAUUGUCGGAUGGUGCCUUGCUAACGCCAAUUUGGUUGGACACCAUGGGAGCCUAUACAUUGAAUAAUGGUGAUAUUCUGGGUCCUGAGGCUUCUGUUGUCCUUAGUUCCAGAUGGAAUGCUCUAUCAACUAAUGAUAGACGACGAGCAUUUCCACCAGUUGCACCGAAUUUUAUUGUGGAAUUACGUCCAAUGAGUAAUUCACCUCAGUAUGUUCAUAGGAAAAUGUUACUAUGGAUUGGUGCGGGAGUUGAGGGAAGUAGACCAAUGAUGAUCGCUAUGAGGGUCUAUAGCUAUAAUUCCAACACUAAUAGUGUCAUUUGGCAAGAGUUUGUGAAUCCUCAAACAGUUACUUCACAAGUUCUUACAGGAUUUGUAAUGAAUAUGCAAGAUAUCCUUUGA